AUGGAGAGCACGAUCUUGAGCAACCUGACCCUAGUGGUGACCACACAGCUGGCCGCAAAUGGAGUGAAAAAAGUGUUGAGUUCCUUCGAACCCAUCAAUACCUCAGAUGCCAGCGUGAAGCAGUGUGCGUGGUUUGCCGUGCGAGAGUACAACAAGAGAAGCGACGACAAGAAUGUCUUUCUGGUGGCCAGCAUACUUCAGGCCAAGUUGCAGAUCACAAGUCACUUGGAAUACCUUAUUCACGUCCAACUCGUCCGCAGCAACUGCCCAAAGUCUUUAAGCAAUAAUGAAAACUGUGUCCUUCUAAAACCCUUCAACCUGGAAAAGAAAAUGAAUUGCAGAUUUUUGGUAGGAGCAUUUCCCUGGAAAGGAGAGUUCACUCUGUUGGAGAAACAAUGUGAGGAUGUCUAA